AUGCUGCUCAGUUUGCCAAGGGAGUGGAGAAGUGUCAUCCAGCGUCAGGAGUGCAACGCAGUGAUUUGGAGGAGGAAAACCAAGAAGAGGAACAAGAGUCCGCCUCCUGUCUCACUGAUGCUGUGCAGAGACCUUCAAACUGAGUUCAAAACCAGCAACACGGAGACCUCCUGGGUGCCGGCAAUCAUGACCGCCAUGCUGCAUGCUGGAGGUCCUUUAUGCAGCAUGUUAGUGGAGCGUUUUGGUUGCCGGGUAACAGUGAUGGUUGGCGGGCUCUUAAGUGGACUGGGCAUGGCGGUCUCUGCCCUGGCCAGGACCAUCACUGAAAUUUACAUCACUAGCGGCAUCACAGGACUGGGAUUCUGCCUUUCUUUCCAGCCAUCAGUGACGAUCAUGGGCCACUACUUUGUGCGACGUCGGGUCUUUGCUAAUGCCUUGUCGUCCACCGGCACGGCUGUAGGCCUGACCACUUUACCCCUGAUUGCCAAUGUCCUGCUCUGUCAGUUUGGCUGGCGCGGCAGCUUCCUGAUUCUGGGCGGUGUGCUGCUAAACUGCUGUGUAUGUGGGGCAGUGAUGAGGCCCAUUGCAUCAGGACCAAACAAACCCAGAUGCUCUCAGGUUUUGGAUAAAACAAACGACCUCUCUCUGCAGCAGGAGACAAAGGGGGUCAAAAGCAAUGUAAAGACUGUGCUUCAGGGCUUUAUAGCAUUCCUACACAGACAUAUGGCCUUUGACCUGCUCGUGAUUAAUCCUCGCUACCGCGCUUAUGCUGUGGGAGUGACCUGGAUGACACUGGGGUGUGUAGUGCCUCUGGUCUAUCUGGUGCCUUAUGCUACUCACCACAACAUGGAAAUAGACCGUGCGGCCUUCCUGAUGUCAGUCCUGGGCCUGGUGAACAUUGCAGUGCGACCGACGGCUGCCCUAGUCUUGGGCCUGCCACGCUUCAGAGACAGCAGCAGCUUCGUGUACGUGUUUGCCGGUGCUGUGCUCGUGAACGGGCUGAGUAACUGCAUCUGUGGAGCGUCGGCCUCCUUCGAAGCUCUCCUGGUGUACGUGGUGAUCUUUGGACUGUCCAUGAGCGUGGGUGGCUCGCUGCUCUAUACUGUGCUGAUGGACAUUGUGGAGAUGAACCGCUUCCCCUCAGCCCUUGGACUUCUCUGCAUGCUGCAAAGUGGAACAAUGCUCAUUGGGCCACCUCUAGCAGGUAUGUUGGUGGACCACACAGGCCAGUAUUCGUAUGUCUUCUACGCGUGCAGUGUGUGUGUAUUCUCUGCCAGCCUCUUUCUCCUGGGGUUCUUCUACUUCCUGGACAGCAAAAACGAUGAGGAGAAGAAAAAGAGCAUGAAGACGCCAUCAGCUAUCUAUCAGAAGCCUGUUGUAAUCCUGGCCCCUGACUGCCAGUAUGUCGCCUCAAAAGGAGGAACAUCAGAAAACGCAGUGUAUGUUACCAGUGUGUGAUUGAAGAACACACAUUUGCAUAGAAGAGAAACUGUUUACAGCUUUAAAACAGUGCA